AUGACAGGACAAUCAAAAGAAGCUGUUAUUCCACCAUGGGGUUUGGCAGUUGCUGGAGCUACAGGAGCUGUAAUUGCAAAUGCUAUGGUAUAUCCCCUGGAUAUAGUGAAAACUCGCCUGCAAGUUCAAGUCAAACGCAAGCCGACCGAUGUAGCACCAACGGGUGACGAUGCAGUCCACUAUACGUCGACUUGGGAUGCGAUUUCGAAGAUUGUAGCCGAGGAUGGAGUUGCUGGACUCUACGCUGGUAUCAAUGGCGCCUUGAUUGGUGUCGCCUCAACCAAUUUUGCCUACUUCUACUGGUACUCGGUCGUUCGAACGUUAUAUCUCUCUUCCCAGAAAGUUCCCACGCCUCCAAGCACUGCAAUCGAAUUGUCUUUAGGAGCCGUCGCAGGAGCUGUUGCCCAGGUCUUUACUAUUCCUGUUGCAGUAGUUACCACUCGUCAACAAACACAAAAAAAGGGUGAAAGGAAAGGGAUGGUAGAUACAGCUCGGGAUGUUAUCCAUAGCGAAGAUGGUUGGACCGGUCUUUGGAGAGGUCUCAAGGCCAGCUUAGUACUUGUUGUUAAUCCUGCCAUUACAUAUGGUGCAUAUCAAAGAUUGAGAGAGGUUGUUUUCCCAGGCAAGACAAACCUCAAACCAUGGGAAGCAUUUGUAUUGGGAGCAAUGUCCAAAUCCCUUGCAACCAUUGUAACCCAGCCUUUGAUUGUUGCAAAGGUUGGACUUCAGUCAAGACCACCCCCUUCCAGAGAGGGUAAACCUUUUAAAAGUUUUAUCGAAGUAAUGCAGUUCAUCAUUCAUAAUGAAGGAUUGCUGGGCCUCUUCAAGGGAAUCGGUCCACAAAUCACCAAGGGACUCAUUGUUCAAGGUCUCCUAAUGAUGACGAAAGAAAGGAUGGAGCUACUUUUCAUUCUUCUCUUUAGAUAUCUUCGAAAGAUUAGAUCAGAGCAAUUGCAAAAGGCCGCAGAUCUUGCAGCGUCGAAAGCCAAGCAAGUUCUACCAGUCAUUGCUAAGUAA